AUGGAGAUGCAGAGGUGCUCCACAAGGUGGAAAACGAGAAGGUGGAUUAUGGAUUCCACUGUAACUGCAUUCAUCACUUUAACCCUGGUUCUACACGCGUCUAAUGUCAAAGCAGCAGAGCCAGUGGAUGUCCUUAAAGUAUUAGAAUUUCAAAGUUCCCCUGAAGGAGUGACGAAAACAUCGGGAUUUUGCACACACCGACGAGCAUCGAAGCCAGACACAGCUUACAGAGUCACCAACCAGGUCCAGCUCAAGGCCCCCACCACACAGCUAUUCCCUGGUGGUGCAUUUCCAGAAGACUUCUCUCUCCUGACCACUGUCCGCCCAAAGUCCAGCCUCCAGUCGUUCCUGCUCUCCGUCUAUAACGCACAGGGGGUCCAGCAGCUGGGCGUGGAGCUUGGGAGAGCACCUGUGUUCCUGUAUGAGGAUCAGAAUGGCAAACCUUCACCUGAGGAAUACCCACUCUUCAAUACACUCAACAUGGCCGACGGAAAGUGGCAUCGUGUGGCUAUCAGCGUUGACAAGAAGACUGUGACUAUUAUCGUCGACUGUAAAACCAAGAUCACCAAACCUCUCCCCAGGAGUGAUCAGGGCACCAUCAGCGCUGAUGGAGAAACUUUCUUUGGCACCAAGAACCAGGACGAAGGCUUCCAGGGUGACAUCCAGCAGCUCCUGAUUGUGGCCGAUCCUACCGCUGCCUACGACUACUGUGAACACUACAGCCCAGACUGUGAUACUCCCCACGGGCAAAGAGUCCAAGCUCAGGAGGCUGAAGAGUACUUUACUGAUGACUUAGAUUACUCUCAGUUCUAUGAUUACUCUGAGGGAGCCACAGACGCUGUUCCCACCGAUGAGUAUGCAGAGCCUCAGCUAAACAAUGUAGAAGGAGAUUACAAUACAGACAUUGACUACGGGACGUUAGAUGAAACUCAAACUCAGUCCCCCUAUGACACCAGUGGACCUCAUGAGGCUGUGGAGGAGGACCUUGUGGGUGGUCUUGUGACAGAGGCCACAGCUCAGGAGCCCACCACCGCCGCCCCGGAAACGCACGGUUCAGACGCGUAUGACUUUAACGCGUAUGACCUAAAGGAGUAUGACUUGGGAGAGGUUGACAGCAAAGUUUAUGAUUACACCAGUUACGAUGAUUAUGGCACGGACAAAGCCAAGGCCACCGCGGCCCCUGACGAUGAGGUGGGGCCCGGGGUAGCGGCUGAGACGGACAUUUCAGAGAGCGCCAUCGCUGGAGUCGAAGCUUUUGGGCAGAAGGGAGAGAAGGGAGAGCCUGCUGUCAUCGAACCUGGUAUGCUGAUUGAAGGACCACCCGGACCUCCUGGCCCAGCUGGUCUUCCAGGUCCCUCCGGCCUUCAAGGACCUCCAGGCACUUCUGGAGAUCCUGGUGAAAGGGGUCCUCCUGGUCGUCCUGGUCUGCCUGGUGCUGAUGGUUUGCCUGGUCCUCCUGGUACAAUGCUGAUGCUUCCAUUCCGUUUUGGUGGAGAUGGUGAGAAGGGUCCCGUAGUGUCUGCCCAAGAAGCCCAAGCUCAGGCCAUCCUCUCCCAGGCCAGGCUGGCGAUGAGGGGACCCCCGGGGCCAAUGGGUUUGACAGGAAGAUCAGGACCAGUGGGUCUUCCCGGUUCUCCUGGACUUAAAGGUGAAAGUGGAGAUCCCGGCCCACAGGGUCCUCGUGGCAUCCAGGGACCUGCUGGACCACCUGGCAAAGCAGGAAAGCGGGGCCGUGCCGGAGCUGAUGGAGCCCGUGGAAUGCCUGGAGAGCCAGGUUCUAAGGGCGACCGUGGCUUUGAUGGACUGCCUGGACUGCCCGGUGAGAAGGGACACAGGGGAGAGCCUGGACCUCCAGGACCAAUCGGAGCUCCAGGAGAGGAUGGACAGAGAGGUGAAGAUGGAGAAAUCGGACCAAGGGGACUGGCUGGAGAGAGUGGUCCUAGGGGUUUGUUGGGGCCACGUGGACCACCCGGACCACCCGGAGCCCCUGGUGUUGCUGGAGUGGAUGGGCCCCAUGGUCCUAAAGGAAACAUGGGACCACAAGGUGAACCAGGCCCACCCGGACAGCAAGGAAUCCCAGGAACGCAGGGUCUCCCUGGUCCUCAAGGCCCCAUUGGACCACCUGGAGAAAAAGGACCCCAGGGCAGAUCCGGGUUGCCUGGUUUACCUGGAGCUGAUGGUCCUCCUGGUCACCCUGGAAAAGAGGGUCCACCUGGAGAGAAGGGAGGUCAGGGUCCUCCAGGUCCACAGGGUCCCAUUGGUUAUCCCGGCCCUCGUGGUGUUAAGGGAGCUGAUGGUGUCCGUGGUCUGAAGGGAGGAAAGGGAGAGAAGGGUGAAGAUGGUUUCCCAGGUUUCAAGGGAGACAUGGGAAUCAAAGGAGACCGGGGAGAGCUUGGUUUGCCUGGCCCACGCGGAGAGGAUGGUCCUGAGGGUCCCAAAGGCCGAUCUGGACCCAACGGAGAGUCUGGUCCCCUUGGUCCCGCUGGAGAGAAGGGUAAACUUGGUGUUCCAGGAUUGCCAGGUUAUCCAGGAAGGCAAGGACCUAAGGGCUCCAGUGGGUUCCCAGGCUUCCCAGGAGCCAACGGAGAGAAAGGCGCUAGGGGAAUUGCUGGAAAACCUGGUCCAAGAGGUCAAAGGGGUCCAACGGGUCCGCGUGGAGCUAGAGGAGCCAGGGGUCCCACAGGAAAACCAGGACCUAAGGGCACAGCAGGCAACGAUGGCCCCCCUGGUCCACCCGGAGAGAGAGGACCACAAGGACCUCAGGGACCGGUGGGCUUCCCUGGACCAAAGGGACCCCCUGGACCCCCAGGAAAGGACGGGCUGCCCGGACACCCUGGACAGAGAGGAGAGACUGGUUUCCAAGGAAAGACUGGUCCACCUGGUCCUGGAGGAGUAGUGGGGCCACAGGGACCCACUGGAGAGACCGGUCCAGUUGGUGAAAGAGGCCAUCCAGGACCCCCCGGACCACCAGGAGAGCAGGGUCUACCCGGAGCUGGAGGCAAAGAGGGUGCAAAGGGAGACCCAGGUCCCCAGGGAUCCCCCGGUAAAGACGGUCCCCCAGGUCUGAGAGGCUUCCCCGGAGAGAGAGGUCUGCCAGGCGCUCCGGGUCCUGCUGGUCUAAAAGGCGGAGAAGGUCCCCAAGGUCCCCCUGGCCCUGUGGGCUCCCCUGGUGAGAGAGGCAGUGCUGGCCAAGCUGGUCCCAUUGGUUUGUCCGGUCGACCUGGCCCUCAAGGUCCCCCGGGUCCCGCUGGAGAGAAGGGUGCACCUGGAGAGAAAGGUCCACAGGGUCCAGCUGGUCGCGAUGGAGUCCAGGGUCCAGUCGGUCUGCCCGGGCCGGCGGGACCCCAAGGUCCACCUGGAGAGGAUGGUGACAAGGGAGAGGUGGGAGAGCCUGGACAGAAGGGAAGCAAAGCUGACAAAGGGGAGCAGGGUCCACCUGGUCCACCCGGUCUCCAAGGUCCCAUUGGUGCCCCCGGACCCGCUGGCGCUGAUGGAGAGCCUGGUCCCAGAGGUCAACAGGGUAUGUUCGGACAGAAGGGAGACGAAGGUCCAAGAGGGUUCCCUGGUCCCCCUGGUCCCAUCGGCCUGCAGGGUCUUCCUGGACCUCCUGGUGAGAAGGGAGAGAAUGGUGACGUUGGUCCAAUGGGUCCUCCUGGUCCCCCUGGUCCCAGAGGUCCUCAGGGUCCCAGUGGUGCUGAUGGUCCUCAAGGUCCUCCUGGCGGUGUGGGUCCGAUGGGAUCCGUGGGUGAGAAGGGUGAACAAGGCGAGGCUGGUAACCCAGGGCAACCCGGAGAGCCAGGAACAGGGGGACCCAAAGGUGAGAGGGGCGAGAAGGGAGAGGCCGGACCCCCUGGAGCUGCUGGUCCCGCGGGUGCUAAAGGACCCCCCGGAGAUGAUGGUCCAAAGGGUAACCCUGGUCCUGUUGGAUUCCCUGGAGACCCCGGCCCCCCUGGUGAGCCUGGCGUAGCUGGCACUGACGGAGAACCUGGUGAGAAGGGAGAGGAUGGUGAAGCCGGACAACCAGGACCCCCAGGACCAUCCGGAGAAGCGGGCCCACCUGGACCACCUGGCAAAAGAGGACCUCCAGGAGCUCCGGGUGCAGAGGGCAGGCAAGGAGAGAAGGGCGCUAAGGGAGAGGCUGGAGCUGAGGGACCUGCAGGUAAAACUGGACCAGUCGGACCCCAAGGACCCCCCGGAAAACCAGGUCCAGAAGGUCUAAGAGGAAUCCCCGGCCCUGUUGGUGAACAGGGUCUGCCCGGCGCCCCAGGACAAGACGGUCCACCUGGUCCCAUGGGUCCUCCUGGUCUCCCCGGUUUGAAAGGUGACCCCGGCUCUAAAGGUGAAAAGGGUCACCCAGGUUUGAUUGGUUUGAUCGGACCGCCCGGCGAGCAAGGAGAGAAGGGAGACCGCGGUUUACCUGGACCUCAAGGAUCCCCCGGUGGAAAGGGUGACAAUGGAAUCGCUGGAUCUGCUGGCCCCCUUGGUCCCCCUGGCCCGCCUGGUCUGCCUGGUCCUCAAGGUCCAAAGGGAGCUAAAGGUUCAUCGGGUCCUGCUGGUGCCAAGGGAGACACAGGUGCUAUUGGUCCCCCAGGUCCUCCUGGUCCCCCUGGCGAGGUGAUCCAGCCCCUGCCCAUCUCCUCUCCCAAGAAGACCAAACGCUCCAGUGACAUGCAGGCUGACGCUGCCGGCGGGUACAUGGACUACGGAGAGGGCAUGGAGGACAUUUUCAGCUCCCUAAACCUUCUCAAACAAGACAUCGAGCGCAUGAAGUACCCCAUGGGCACACAGAACAACCCCGCCCGAACCUGCAAGGACCUGCAGCUGUCCCAUCCAGAGUUCCCAGAUGGCGAGUACUGGAUCGAUCCAAACCAGGGCUGCUCCGGGGACUCUUUCAAAGUCUACUGUAACUUUACGGCUGGUGGCGAAACCAUCUACCCAGAUAAGAAAUCCAAUGGGGUCAGAAUAUCGUCAUGGCCCAAAGAAACGCCAGGGUCAUGGUUCAGUGAAUUUAAGCGGGGUAAAAUGCUGUCCUACGUGGAUGCAGAGGGGAGCUCGAUAAACAUGGUUCAGAUGACCUUCCUCAGGCUCCUCACGGCGUCAGCGCGUCAGAACUUCACGUACAGCUGUCACCAGUCUGUGGCGUGGCACGACUCCACCAGCGACAGCUACGAUAAGGCUCUGCGCUUCCUGGGAGCCAAUGACGAGGAGAUGUCCUAUGACAACAAUCCCUAUAUCAAAGCCCUAUCAGACGGAUGCGCGACGAGGAGUGGCUAUGCAAAGACUGUGAUGGAGAUCAAUACUCCCAAAAUUGAUCAAGUUCCAAUUGUUGACGUAAUGUUGACUGACUUUGGGGACCCCAACCAGAAGUUUGGGUUCGAAGUUGGGCCUGUAUGUUUCCUUGGCUAGACCUACAACAAAAAACACACACACAUUUUAUAAAAGGACUUGAUGGGGCCAGCUCAGAAGAAGAAGAAGAAGAAGAUAUUUUUGGAUACCACCUAACCCCCGAAAUCCACGCCCCUCACCCUUAUCUAUGCCACAUGCAAGUUUUGAAUGAGAGAUGGCCUGUCCGAUAUGUCUUUUUGUAUUUAAAUCAACACGACUUAACUGCGUUUUGGAGGAGUGGAGAAGGACAUUUGGAAAAGAAAGGAAGCGAGAAAUAGUGGCGGGUCGAGGGUGCUUUGGCAACGAAGGGGGCAACUAACAGCAAGCCCCCAACUCCAGGUGCUGUAUGAAAAAAAAAAAACUAUGGUGCUUUACGUCAAAAACACAAAGGUAUAUAUAGAGGUGCUAAGAAAGGAAGGUGUAUUUUGAUAAUUUUAAAAAACUUUGUAAUUAUUAUUUUGUACAAUACUGUUAUUUCUGAAUCCACUUUCAAAACUUGCAUGUGUAUCAGAUCUUCUGCUUCUGGCUUAUUUGUUUAUUUUAAAAUUUUCAUCUCGUUUUCGGACCGUUGAAACACUACCAAAUAAAGUUAUUACUAUUUUUUUUUUAUUUUUUGUUUCAUAAUAAAGUAAGCAGCCCGCAAAUUAGACCGUACGCCCCGUGUAUAUAUUGACAGUCCCCAUUUUAAAUUCAGAAACGUCUCCCUGUGAUCAUGUAGGAAGCAAUCUCUUAUUCUCUUAUUUAAUUCUAUUGUCGUUUUACUGUUUAUUUUGUUUCUGACAGGCUUUUUAUUUCAGGUUGUAUACCUCAAAAACUUUCUUGAGAACAAGGAUAAUAUGCCCUGUAUAUACCUUGGUUACACAAUUAAGUUUAUAUAUUUUGGUAGGGGAUUUUAUUUUGAAAAACCUGUUAUAGACAUCCACUGUUCCAAAUCCUCUGUGAAAAUGCAUUGAUACACGACCUAUAGGUGACCCAAUUUUUGUAACUAAAAUGAGAAAAUGUUUUAAUGUGCUUUUUAUAGUUCAUUUAAAUAUUAAA